AUGCCAUGUCACUCACCCUCGCCUCCCCUUGCGAGGCGGCUCCUCUCGUAUUUGUCCGCGACUCCACUGCGAACCACAGGAGGCAGGGCUCAUGAUGUCAAUCAGGCUCCGCAGGUAUCCCUGGCCGGCAUUACGAGAAGAUCUUCGCCCCGGCAGUGCACAUACUCAACUUUGGGCACUGGUUGGACUGGCGCAACCAACGCGACCUCGCUUUCUGCACCCCGUGAUUACGAGAUGAUCAUCGAAACGGGGUCCCCUGGACUCCUAGAGCUUUCUGGUGGCACCGCAGCAACCAGCAUUCUGUGA